AUGCUAGGUAUAAUGGGUCCUGGCAGCUGCUUGGAAACAAGCAGUGCGAAUUCAGAACCGAUGCAGCAGAGAGCCACCACAGGCAUCACCUCUAGUAGGAGGGGUGCCUAUUGGAGCGACAGCGAAGUGAACAAGCUGGUCCAGUUGGUCCAGCUGCACAAAACUGAAAAAGGGCGAGUACGGUGGGAUGACCUAAGCUCUGCUUGGGAAAGCUCACGCAGUACGAACGACCCGCCAAGAAGUAAGGAGGCCCUUAGGGGCACUUACGCAAGGCUCGUCAAAAGACGGGGACGAGCCACGCCAAUAGAGCUGGGAGACGCGGCUGAAUUACUAACUUCAAGUCAUUCUGGCAGCCUGUUUUCAAACAACACUGAGGAGGUGCGCCAUAAGGGUGCAUUGUGGAGUGCCGACGAAUUAACAAAGCUCGCAGAACUGGUCGAGAGACACAGAAUAGCGAGCGGUCGCAUAAUGUGGGCUGACGUGAAAGAACAGAAGCAGCCUUCUGUUCUUUCUGAGUCUCCGCUUGUGUGUGCUUGGGUUAAAGCUGCUUACACGAACCUUGCCAGGCGUACUGAGCGAGGAACGGUGAGAAAUGCCCCACCAGCAGAAAAUACGCUGGAGGAGGAAAGUCAACCCGCUACUACAGAAACUGACCUGAUUAACCAGGACAGUCAGCAGGGUGGAGUGGAGCCUGUUGAGCAUAUCGAGGAACGGUCAACUAGUCCUAAUGGUGACUCGGAAACGAGCCAACCUGAUAGGACUCUCGGCGAUAAGCUCAGAGAGCGAUUCGAUGCCUAUUACAAGGCAGCCAAAGAGUCGCAUGACAGGCAACCAAUAAGAAGGCCCAAAGGAGAAAUACCUGAGGGCAUGCUCCAGCUCGCAAAUGAAAUCCUUUCAGAGAAGCUGGGGCACACUAACUCCACCAAUAAGCGCACACUGACAGCUUUGAACGCUGCAGUGUAUGCCAUCGCCAAAGCCAUCACAACGAUCCUGUUGGACGGCGAGGCUGAAAAAGCGGGUAAAACUCACCAGAAACUGAGAGAGGCGAAAGCACUGAGAGACACCCUCCGACUCCGGAUAAGAUUCAAGGAUCAGCUGAAGGUUGUAAACUCUGAAAUCAAAACAAUAGAGCAAGCCCUAAGGCGCCAGCGAGAAAGACAGCGGGGAUACCCCGCUGUCCCCGCUGCCUUUCUCGUAACCAGGAAACCACGCGAAAGGUGA